UAGAAUUGUCAAACCAUGUCAAAUCUUACUGUCAAACAUUGUCAUACUAAUUUGGACAUGUCGGUACUCUUCAGAACAAGAUUGAUCGCAAUGCAAUUAUAAUUAUCAAGCUUUAUAAGCUUUCGAAUUGUGGAUGUUUGCUCCACACAAUUGUAUGCCUGGUGUGCGGCCUUGCUAAGUUUGUGCUAAUACACUGUAGGCUCUGUAUGUAUACUGCUACACAUGUAAAAAAAGCUAAAGUACAAACUGAAAUAAAUGCUAAAAGUACUCAUUUGUGUGUUUUAUUUAUACAAUAAACCUAGUUAGAAUUCACCCUAUUUUGAAAGAGUGGUAUUUUUGUUAGUUUAAACAGUCCUAGAUUGAAGUGGUUGUUUCAAAUGUGACAUGUAAGUAAACAAAUCAUGAUAUAAUGAAAUUCUCUAUAUAAAAUGUACUGAAGUAUAAUCGGAGAGCUGCAUGAAGCAGUGAAGUGAGUUGUGGAGUAGACUCGUAUUACUGUUGGUACAUAGAGUUGAUAUUCAGAGAGGACGGAAAUAAACAGUAAGAAAGUGUGUGUUGGUAUGUAUGAUAACAAAAAACAUAAAACUAAAAUAAAAAGUAUACCCAAUUUCUUUGAUUAAGGAUUAGUCUCCACUGCGUCCAACUAGAUACCGCACUACCUAAGAACAAUAGUUUUUUUUUUAUUAUGGCAACUAUUAUAUGCUUGUGUGCGCGGCAUCUUGGCACUCAAUGGCAACUGUUACAUUUAAAUUAAUAAAAUACACAAUACUUACUGAUGAUAUGUGAUCCCAGUGUUUUUCCUAUUUCUUGUAGUAUUAUUUUUACGAAGUUUUACUACGCAACCCGGCAAAUUUUGUUUCAAUUAUUAGCAAAGUUUAAAAGAACAUGUGGCACGUCAACGUCGCACAUUGUUCAAGACUGGCUCGAGUAUGCCCACUUGGGCGUAGUAUUAGUUGCCGCACUUUGCGACUAACUGCGGUAUCUACUUGGAGCGAAGCGGAGACCAAUCCUUAAUCUAAGCCUAACUUUUAUGUAUCUGAAAUGUCAGGUAAUUAUUGAGUCUUACAACGCUUGUCCAAAAUUUUCAGGGGUAUGACAGUGACGUCCGGUAGUGUUAUUUUGACCAAAGAUGAGAAAAACUUGAUCGGCAUCAGUAUUGGUGGUGGAGCCCCGUUGUGUCCUUGCCUCUAUAUUGUCCAGGUAUUUGAUAAUACACCAGCGUCGAAAGACGGAACCUUACAGAGUGGAGAUGAGUUGGUAGGAGUGAACGGACAGAGUGUGAAAGGUAAAACCAAAGUUGAAGUUGCCAAGAUGAUACAAUCUACUAAGGAACAAGUAACAAUAAACUACAAUAAACUUCACGCAGACCCCAAACAAGGCAAGUCCCUCGACAUCAUAUCGAAGAAGAUGAAGCACCGGCUCGUUGAGAGCAUGUCCUCGGGAACCGCUGAUGCCCUGGGACUGUCAAGAGCCAUCCUAUGUAACGACAACCUGGUGGCUAAACUCAACGACAUGAGAGAUACUGAGAGCACCUACAAGAGAUUGGUGGAACUAUCUAAAAAAAUGCUAAAGUCGUAUUUUGAUCUCCUGCAAACGUUUAAAUCUUUGGGAGAUAUAUUUGCCGGUAUCGGAGUGAGAGAACCACAGGCUAGAGCGUCGGAGGCUUUCACAAAGUUCGGCCAGUAUCAUCGGCUCUUGGAGAGAGAUGGCAUCAAAAUGUUGAAAACUUUGAAACCGAUUCUUGCCGACAUGGGAACGUAUCUGAAUAAAGCCAUCCCCGACACAAAACUGACCAUUCGCAAGUACGCCGAUGCCAAGUUUGAGUACCUCUCAUACUGCCUCAAGGUAAAAGAGAUGGAUGAUGAGGAAUAUGGGUUCGCGGCGCUGCAAGAGCCGCUGUACAGGGUGGAGACGGGAAAUUAUGAGUAUAGAUUAAUACUGCGUUGCCGACAAGACGCACGAACCAAAUUCGCAAGAUUGCGGUCAGACGUUCUGAUAAAGUUGGAGUUAUUGGAGAACAAAAAGACCCAGGAUGUUGCCUAUCAGCUCAAGCGGUUCAUUCAGGGACUGGCGGUAUAUUACAACGAAUGUGUGGAUCAUCUGAAAGAUAAUACCUCACUGUUUCCAGUAGAAGUUGAUUUGUCACAAAAUGCCUUUCAGUACAAGUCUACCGCACAAAUUAUACAGGAUAGCCAAGAUGAAGAAGAUGAAAUCGAAUUCGGUAAAGAAAUAAAGGAGUACCACGAUAUAUGUGAUGAAGAGGGAAAACAGCCUACAGUAGUCAACAGGCGAGAGAACCAAGAUAGAAGUGAGACAGAAACAGAGCAGUUAUUACCCGGUCUAACUGUUAGAUCUGACAUUGGUAACGAUGCAAAUGACAAUGACAAUCUGAUGUUAUUGACAGAGCUUGGGUUGGUUGACGGUGGAGAUGAUUUUGGUGAUUUUCAGAAUGGCAUGACCAAGAUAAAUGAAAGUAAUAAAGUAAUGACAGAUGAUAUUUUUGAUAAAUUGUUAUCUGAUUUGAAUAUUGGACAGUAAGGUUAUUAUAAUAAAUUAUUAUGUUCCA